UACUUUUGAUUAAAAAUGUGUCUCCAGUUUAAAAAAGAGUAUAAAAUCACUGUCAAAAACUUGCAGGAAAACAGAAAAAGGAAGUUGAAAUCGCGUCACACAGCGUGCGCGGGGCCGGGAUUUCGGAGGGAGGCUCGGCUUCUCCGCGGCCAGUCGCGUCCGGUCCGGUUGACACCCCCGCGGGAGGCAACGGUCCGGAACCGACCACGCACGGCCCGCGGCCCCGGCGGGGCCGGUUUGCGCAGGCGCGCGGGGCGGAGCCGGCGCGGGGGGCGGGGCUUCGCGAGGGGGCCCGAGCUUCUCAGCCGCCGGGGCGAGCGCGGCCGCGAAAGCCGCGGCCCGAGGGCGGGGCGAGGGCGGAGCGCGGCGGCCAUGCAGGCGGCGGACGCAGCCGCCGGCGCGAGCGGCGCGGCGGGCGGCUCCGAGGGCCCAGGCCGCAGGGGUGCCCCUGGCGGCCGGGGCCGCCCCCGCGGCGCGGGCGCUGCUGCCGUAGCCGCCGCGGGCGUUCCGCCUGUGGCGCCGGCCCAGCGCACUUCGGAAGAGGGCGGAGACCCCGCGUCCGCAGCCAAAAGGCCACGGAGCCGAGCACACGUCUUCGCCCUAAGCGUGCCGUUCCCGUCCUCCUGGGAGGCAGAGAUCGCCCGCGGCUCGCUGGCCCCAGAUGCUGAGCCCCACCGAGGGGCGGUUGGGAAGGAGCUCACAGUGAGCGGCAGCGACCUGGCCGUCCACUGGAGAGCUGACGAUUCCCGCCUCCUCCGAAUUUCCAUCGUAAACUUUCUUGACCAGCUUUCCCUGGUGAUUCGGACCAUGCAGCGCUUUGGGCCCCCUGUUAGCCGCUAAGCCAGGGCUGGGGAGAGGGGCCAAGGUCUGCCCUGUGUCCCUUCCCAGACAGUGCAGCCCUCCUGGGGCAGCGAUUCCUGCCAGAAUUGCCACUUUAUUAUGGGGGCUUCAUCUUUUGCCCGUACUGGCCCUUGCGCACUCAGGAUCCGCUUAUUUGUUUGGUGCUUAAAUGUUUCGUAACCACAGAAAAUAAAAUCGAGCUUCGAGGCUA